UAUAGCAUCUUAUCUUUCUCUCGCUCAAAAAAAAAGUCAGCGCUUUUUUUUUUUCUUUGUCCUCUCUUAGUACCAGGCUUUUUCAGACCUUGUCUUUACUGUUAUGGAACCAGAUUGGGAUCUCCACGCCCUCGUCAGAAGCUGCACCACCACUUCUUCUCCCGCCGCCGCCGCCACGACGACCGUAUCCACCACCUCAUCUGGUUUUGGGGCUUCUGCCCCACCUUCUACUUCCCGCAGCUUCUUCUCUGUUUACAACCCUGCUGUACAAGAAGGCCAAAUUGUGUCCCCUUCGGAGAACCCCUAUGGAGCAAGGCCUUCCAUUGAAGAGCUUCACGAGCUUUGCAAGCCUUUCUUCAUCAAACCACAGCCUCACACCUUCCAAGCUUCUUCUCCUCUUUCUUCCUUUUCUUAUUCAUCAGUGUCCAAAUCACCUUGUAUCCAGCAAGAACAGAAGCAGCCUCCCCAACCAGGUUCUGCCUCGACCCCAAAACAGAAAAAAAGGAAGAAUCAGGUUAAGAAGGUUUGUGAUGUGGCAGCUGAGAACCUCUCCUCAGACAUAUGGGCAUGGAGGAAAUAUGGACAGAAACCCAUCAAAGGGUCACCAUAUCCAAGGGGAUAUUACAGAUGUAGCAGCUCAAAAGGAUGUUUAGCCAGAAAACAAGUGGAGAGGAACAAAUCGGACCCAACAAUGUUUGUAGUGACAUACACUGGUGAACACAACCACCCUGCUCCUACUCAUAAAAGCUCCCUUGCUGGCUCCACUCGCUACAAACCUCAGAUUGGUGGAGACACAGCCACCACAAGACCUGUUUCUCCAGCGACCUCAUCAGAGGUGGCACAGCACAGUACAAAGUCAGAGUGCACAGAAGAGGAGUUGGAAGAUCUGAUGAAAGAUGAUGAUGAAGAAGCAAAUGAAUUUGACUUAACAGAAUCAGUGGUAUCAGAUGAUUUCUUUGAAGGGUUAGAGGAACUGACAGAGUCUCCCUUUACAGCUAGUAGUAUCAUUGAUCGGUGGUCACUGACCAAUAAUGCUACCACUGCCGCUGGUGGUAGCUGAGUCACUCUUUUCAUUGUAGAGAAUAGCAACUUUUUUCUUUGAGGGGUAGAGGAACAGGUUAGUGCAUUUUGGAGGAAUCUUAACUAACAAUUGCUUUGUGAGAGGGAGAAAAGUUCUUCCAAAGUAUAUAGUGAAAGUGUAGAUUAAACAUUCAUAAAAUUUGUUAGAGUUGAUGAUUGUUAGCCAUACCUCUCUAAAUUUG